AUGACAGCAAAGCAAGUCACCAAACCUCCAUCCAUUACUGUUCCCAACUUAAACCCCGGAGCUGCCAGGACGACAAACAAACCACGCACCAAAUCUAGGAAUGGGUGCAUUACUUGUAAGAAAAAAAGACUCAAAUGUGACGAAUCGAAACCGACAUGUUUAAAUUGCAAUAAGAAGAAUAUAGUUUGUGGAGGUUACGUAACCAACUUCAAAUGGAAGCUGUUCAAUGAUUCAAAGCCUACAAUUGGUGAAAAAUCGCUAAAGAAACACCUACAACUAGCAAGUUAUUCCGUAAUUGGAAAAAGCAUUGAGGAUAUAGCGAAGGAGAGUGAUCUAAUUUCCAAGGGGUUAAAUCCAACUGGACUGGAGAGUAGCACUGGUAAAGGGAAACGAAGAUUUAGUGCUGGGACAUCAAUCGCUAGUCCAGUUCAAAGCCCACUUAUUACAAGAUCUUAUAGUGAUACAUAUCCCAUUCAAGAUAUACAUAAUCUAAGGCACAAGGCCAGUACUUAUUCAGGGACGGAAACAGUCUUUGAACCGCCAAUUAAAGAAAUGAAUAGUGAUACCCAUUCAAUCCUUUCUCCUACUUUUGAAAAUAUCAUGAACCCGAUUACAAUCGACAAAAAUAAAGAUCCCGACUUUAACAUCAGUCUAACCCCAUCCCUAUCAGCCAUAUUAAAUUUUGCCUUGAAUAUGGAAGAAAUUGAUAUACCCUCGGUUGAGACAAUGAGUCCUCUAACCUUGAACCAAUCUCAAGAUUUAUCAUCAACUUCAUCUCCAGUAUGUGAGGUUAACAAAUCUUUGGUAAAAACAUCGGAACAGGAGCAGCUUCUUCACUUCUACUCAGAAUAUACAUCGGGGGUGAUGUCUAUCAAAAAUGGUUUUCAUGAAAAUCCCUGGAGAAAUUUGCUCGUUCCAUUAGCAACGAGGUACAGUUGUCUAUUCAAUUCGAUAGCGGCAAUGACUCUUUUCCAUUUAGCUGGCUCGCAUGGUAUAGUCUCAUCAACGGGAGAGCUACGCUCAAGAGCUCAAAAGUAUAUGAAAAGGUGUAUAUUGGAACUUGCAAGUGGAUUGUCCAAGAUGGAAAAUGGUGGGGAAGUUGACUUUCCUGCUGAUAUAGCAUUAGCAACCUGCUUGAACUUGGCUGUGUGUGAAACCUGGGAUGUUCUGACAUCUAGUGGUAUUGCUCACUUGAAAGGGGCAAAGACUAUGAUUAACAAAAUCUUGGCAUUGUUGAGGGAGCAUCAAGAGUCAGUUCGAAAAAAAUAUAUGCCACAUGAUGGAUCCAAUUUUCGUCAAGAGGGCUUCUUGCAGUUAAAGAGUAAGUUGGUAUUGAUCGAUCAGUUUGAGUACGAAAAGAUGGUUCAUGAUUGUACAACCAAGAGCACUUCUUUGAUUGUACCCAAGCCCAUUCAAAUUCUAUUCAAUACUUGGAUAUAUUUCCUGGUGAUUGCACAGAUGACCACCGAUACAAAUUACGAUGAGAAAGGAGUAGACUUGGUGGCAACCAUAACUUCAAUGAUUCUGAAUGAUAAACUCAAAGAUGGCCAUGGAUCUCCAUCUCCAUCUGAUCUCAGUGAUUCGUCCGAUAAAGUAUACACAUUUUUUGAAGAAUUUGAUGCUUUCAAUUACGACUCAGAGAUUAUUGAUCCAUUGUUGGGAUGUGGUCAAUCGUUGUUUUGCAUAAUAGGUAAAGUGGCUGCAUUGGUUUCCAAAAUACGAAAAACAAAGGCCAGUGAGAAUUGGAAAAAGAGAAACUCUUUGAAUACAAUCACUCAGGCUUCGGAGUUGCGUCAACUUCUUUUAGAAUGGAAAUCGACUGUUAAUGCAAAUAUGAUCAAGAAUGAAGAAGAGAGUGUGUCUAAAACCUGGGAUUUAUCAAGUUGUAUUGCCACAGCAGAAGCUUAUCGUUAUGCAGCAUUACUUUUCCUACAUCAAGCUGUCCCAGAGAUUCCUUCAUUAUCAUCACAUGAGCUUGCGGAGAAAAUAUUUAUUCUUUUGGCGUCAAUACCAAAAUCAUCAAAUACUAGCGUUGUCCAUAUCUUCCCCCUCUUGGUAGCAUCUUGUGAAGCUGAAAUUGGUGAAGAAAGAGAGUGGUGUAAGUCUAGGUGGAAGUUGUUGGUGGAUAGAAUGUGGAUUGGCAAUGUUGAUCGUGCAUUGGAAGUUGUUGAGGAAGUUUGGAAGAGAAAAGACGCACUAGCAGUGAGCUGCAACAAUGGCACGAUGAACAACGAUACUACUAAAGAGACUUCUCCAAGUAACUAUCACCACCCAUUAAAUGGUUUGAUGUCUGUGGUCAACAAUGAGUAUGCCAAUUUUAUGAACAACUCUGAUUCCAAUGGCAUUGAGUCAAAAGUUCAUUGGAGUAAUGUCAUGAAAGAAUGGGGCUGGGAGGUACUUUUAGGAUAG